AUUCAGGUGAAGAGUCUGACGACCCAGACUAUGAACAAGAUUUUUGUAGUGAUGUCGAUACAACCACGAGGGAUGGUAAUGACGAGACAGUAGACCCCACCUGGGCCAAUCUAGAGCUAGUGGAAGGCCCAUCAUCAAGUCGGAGGAACAACCGUCAAUCGUUUCAGAACCAGGAAACUCCCGAUUCAGGUGAAGAGUCUGACGACCCAGACUAUGAACAAGGUUUUUGUAGUGAUGUCGAUACAACCACGAGGGAUGGUAAUGACGAGACAGUAGACCCCACCUGGGCCAAUCUAGAGCUAGAAGAACCAUAUGAGCUUGAUUCUGAGCCUGAAAGGAUCGAAGUCGGCGCAGUUUACCCUUCAUAUGAUGCACUGAAAGAAGCGGUGGCGAGAGAAAACAUUCGUCAAUUUCGUCAAUUCCAUUCGCUAGACAAAAGGGCACGGUCUUGGAAGGCGAUUUGCAUUGACCCGACUGUUUGCACUUGGCAUAUCCAAGCAGCAGAAGGUAUGUAUUCAACAAAGUGGAAAGUAAAAAAAUAUCAACCCCAUCACAGUUGUAGGGAGGAUCCUGUCACGGCUAGGGAUGAUAAGAUCCUAACGGCCAAGCUCAUAGCGAGUGAAAUCGCUCCAAAAGUGAAAAUCGACCCGGACUACAGCAUUAAACUGAUAAUCUCAGACAUAUAUGAAAAUUUUCAUAUCAAUGUUUCGUACAAAAAAGCUUGGAAUGGACGCUUGAUCGCU